UGUUCUUUUGUUUAAAAUCGUGGUUACGUUUCCGGUAAUGAUCCGUGACAUCGCAUCAAACAGAUAAAAAUGGUUUGCUGUCCUUGUUUUGUUAUCCCGUUCCUAUUUUGGUUCUUUCACAGAUAUCUAAGACCCUUGAUGGAGAAGUUUUGUCCUUCGAUGAUCAAAUACCUACCAGGAAAUUCGAAAAAUGAAGGAGAGGAAUCAAAAAUGAAGUGUCCUAUGAAGAAGACAGACGAAACACAAAUUGAUGAGAAUUCUACAUCGAGUAAGAGUGGAGUAACAGCAGGAGAUGGGGGAACAAAGAAGACAAACUGAUAUUAGCUUUACACUAUAUAAUAUCAAUCUCCCAUGCAGAGUUAUCUGUCCUUUCUCAAUUGAUCUCAUUGUUGAAGGCCGUACAUGUAGUGGCCUGAAGUUGUUCAUUUCUGUGUCAUUUUGGUCUCUUGUGGAGAGUUGUCUCAUUAGCAAUCAUAUUACAUCUUCUUUCUUAAUUUGAAUACAGUUAUUCUGUGUCAAAAACCUAUAAUUUGUCAAAUAUUUGUACAUUUAUCAAGCACA